AUGGAGCUAAAAGAACACAUACAGCCACAUGCAGUACUGAUACCAGUUCCUCUUCAAGGCCAUAUAAAUCCCUUCACACAUCUUGCCAUGAAACUUGCCUCAAAAGGUUUUACCAUCACCUUUGUCAACACAGAAUCAACUCACCAGCGGAUAGCUAAAGCUCAAUCACUUAAAGAUGACGACAACCCUUUCUCCCAUGAAGAGGAAUCUGGUCUUGACAUUCGUUAUGCUAGAAUCAGCGAUGGUUUUCCACUGAGUUUUGAUAGGAGAGCCAACGCGAGCCAGUUCAUGAUAGGUCUCACUCAUGUUUUCCAAGCUCAUGUUGAUGAUUUCAUUGAAAAUCUAGUCCUCUCGAAACCAAAUCCACCAGUUUCUUGUAUAAUAACUGACAGUUUCCACGUAUGGGGAUCAACGAUUGCCAAGAAAUAUAAUCUCGUCAAUGUCUCAUUUUGGACUGAACCAGCAACAGUGCUUACAGUCUUCUAUAACACCGACCUGCUCAAGAGAAAUAGCCACUUUGGACGACAUGAUAAGUACGAUGACACCAUUAGCUACAUACCAGGAAUUCAAGCCAUUAAACCAGAGGAUUUACCUUCAUAUUGUCAAGAUGCUGAUCCAAACGAGACUAAAUACGUGUUCAAGUGUAUUGAAGAUGCACAGAAAGCGGACAUUGUCAUUGGUAAUACAGUGCAAGAGCUAGAGUCUUCAACCAUCUUGGCCUUACAAGAGCAGCAACCAUUCUAUGCAAUUGGGCCAAUCUGUCCCACAAACUUUACCAAGAAAACAAUUUCAACGAACCUGCUACCGGCAACAGAUUACACCAACUGGCUCAAUAACAAACAAGAUGGUACAGUGUUAUACAUCUCAUUUGGUAGUCUUGUUAAUUUAAGUAAACAGGAUAUUCUGGAAAUAGCACAAGGCAUUCUGAUAAGUAAAGUGAGUUUCAUUUUGGUGCUACGUCACAAUAUCUUAGUAUCCGGAGAAAGAAACAUUUUGCCUCUCGGAUUUGAGGAAGAAACAGCAGGGAGAGGAUUGGUUGUGCCAUGGUGCUCUCAACUAGCAAUACUAUCACAUCCAUCAGUCAGAGGGUUUCUGACUCACUGUGGGUGGAAUUCAAUCUUGGAGAGUAUAUGGUGUAAAGUUCCAAUGGUGUGCUUUCCUGUUUCGGGGGAUCAACUUACUAACAGGAAAUUAGUGGUUGAUGAUUGGAGGAUCGGUGUGAAUCUUUGCACUAGAGGAUUGAUCAGGAGGGAGGUAGUAGCGGAGAAUAUUGGAAAGAUAAUGAAUAACUCAGAUGAAUCGAGGGAGAAUAUCGAUAAAACAAAGAUGAUACUUCAAAAUGCACUUUCUGAUGAGGGAUCUUCAGAGAAGAAUCUCAACCAAUUCAUACAAGACAUGAAGAACAAGAUUCUUCAGAAAAAUUGA